AUGGUCAGUGAUCCGCCCACCGAGCUUAAAACAAAGUAUUUGGUUAUACGGGAAACUACUCACAAGGUUGCUGAAAGCUCUUCGACAGUCCACGACCGGUUUCGCCCUUCUGCUUUGGGUUCAUCAGGUAGACGCAGUCCCAGAGUUUCAGUCAACAUUAUGAUCUACUUGAACCCAAAUUGGACUGUUUUCGAGAAAUACACUCAAUUGCUAGUCAAUUUGGCCUUCACAAUUGGCAGAAACAAGCUAUUUGGUACUUACUUGAAGAACAUUUUGGGUCAAUUGCAUCGCCCAAUUCGAGUUUUCGAGAGACUCACCUGGAACCCUGCUGAAUCUGUCGUUGGUGAUGUUUUCAUGCGACUGAAUGUGCUGAACCAGGCUGCCUCACGUUUCAGUCACUACGAUAUUCGAGAUAUCGCGAUGCAUGUUGCUGCAAGUUCUUCGACAGCCGAAGACCGAUUUCGCCCUUCUUGGGGCUCAUCAAGUAGGCGAAGUUGCCUGAAUACAUCACAAACGGGAGAUCCAGCAGGGUUCCAGAACAUAAGGUUGACGGAAACUCGGGGACUGCGCCUACCUGAUGAGCCCCAAGAAGGGCGAAAUCGGUCUUCGGCUGUCGAAGAACUUGCAGCAACCUUAUGA